UGUGGGGCGCUGGUUAAAAGUACCGGGAAAAGCGCUACUCCGGGCGCUCGGCUUCCUAAAACUGGGAGCUCGCUUUUUCCAACGGCCGGAAGUUUCGGCUCGUCCGCUCUGUUCGGAUAGUGGGCUCCGCGGCGCCGGGCGCAGGAGAGGGGCCGCUGCGGAAAGCCUGGCCCUAGCCGAGCCAGCGCGCACUUCUGCUGCCAAGAAACAGCGGUCGGUUGGUCCUGGGCACCAAGCGCCCCCGUCCGUCAGGUCCUCCAGCCUGAGGACAGGGAUGGAGAGGCGUGCAGGCUCCUGCCUCUGCAGCUGUCUGGCUGUGCUUGCCCUGCUGCCCGCCCUGAGCUUGGCGCAGUACGAGAGCUGGCCCCACUACCCAGAGUACUUCCAGCAGCCCGCCCCCGAGUACCACCAGCCUCAGGCGCCGUCCGACGUGGUCAAGAUCCAGCUGCGCCUGGCGGGCCAGAAGAGGAAGCACAGCGAGGGCCGGCUGGAGGUGUACUACAAUGGCCAGUGGGGCACCGUGUGCGACGACGACUUCUCCAUCCAUGCUGCCCACGUUGUCUGCCGGGAGCUGGGAUACGUGGAGGCCAAGUCCUGGACUGCCAGCUCCUCCUAUGGCAAGGGGGAAGGCCCCAUCUGGUUGGACAAUGUCUACUGUACCGGCCAAGAGGCGACCCUCGCAGCCUGCUCCUCCAAUGGCUGGGGUGUCACCGACUGCAAGCACACAGAAGAUGUGGGUGUGGUGUGCAGUGACAAGAGGAUUCCUGGGUUCAAGUUUGACAAUUCGCUGAUCAACAACAUAGAGAACAUGAACAUCCAGGUGGAGGACAUCCGGAUCCGAGCCAUCCUCUCCGCCUACCGCAAGCGCACCCCGGUGACCGAGGGCUACGUGGAGGUCAAGGAGGGCAAGACCUGGAAGCAGAUCUGUGACAAGCACUGGACGGCCAAGAACUCCCGCGUGGUCUGUGGCAUGUUUGGCUUCCCUGGGGAGAAGACGUACAACGCCAAAGUGUACAAGAUGUUUGCCGCCCGCAAGAAGCAGCGCUACUGGCCGUUCUCCAUGGACUGCACAGGCACGGAGGCCCACAUCUCCAGCUGCAAGCUGGGCCCUCAAGUGUCGCUGGACCCCGUUAAGAACGUCACCUGUGAGAAUGGGUUGCCGGCUGUGGUGAGCUGUGUGCCUGGCCAGGUCUUCAGUGCUGAUGGACCCUCGAGGUUCCGGAAAGCCUACAAGCCGGAGCAACCCCUGGUGCGGUUGAGAGGCGGGGCCAACGUCGGGGAGGGCCGCGUGGAGGUGCUCAAGAACGGAGAGUGGGGUACCGUCUGCGACGACAAGUGGGACCUGGUGUCUGCCAGCGUGGUCUGCAGAGAACUGGGCUUCGGGAGCGCCAAAGAGGCCAUCACAGGCUCCCGGCUGGGGCAAGGGAUAGGACCCAUCCACCUCAAUGAAAUCCAGUGCACGGGGAAUGAGAAGUCCAUCAUAGACUGCAAAUUCAAUGCAGAGUCUCAGGGCUGCAACCACGAGGAAGAUGCUGGUGUGAGAUGUAACAUCCCCGCCAUGGGCUUCCAGAAAAAGCUGCGCCUGAACGGGGGCCGAAAUCCCUACGAGGGCCGCGUGGAGGUGCUGGUGGAGAGGAACGGGUCCCUCGUGUGGGGGACAGUGUGCGGCGAAAACUGGGGCAUCGUGGAGGCCAUGGUGGUCUGCCGGCAGCUGGGCCUGGGCUUCGCCAGCAACGCCUUCCAGGAAACCUGGUAUUGGCACGGAAAUGCCCACAACAAGGUGGUCAUGAGCGGGGUGAAGUGCUCAGGAACGGAGCUGUCCCUGGCGCACUGUCGCCACGACGGAGAGGACGUGGCCUGCCCCCAGGGUGGGGUGCAGUAUGGGGCCGGAGUCGCCUGCUCAGAAACCGCCCCAGACCUGGUCCUCAACGCAGAGAUCGUGCAGCAGAGCACCUACCUGGAGGACCGACCCAUGUUCAUGCUGCAGUGUGCCAUGGAGGAGAACUGCCUCGCCGCCUCGGCCGCCCAGACCAACCCCACCACCGGCUACCGGAGGCUCCUGCGCUUCUCCUCCCAGAUCCACAACAACGGCCAGUCCGACUUCCGACCCAAGAACGGCCGCCACGCAUGGAUCUGGCAUGACUGCCAUAGGCACUACCACAGCAUGGAGGUGUUCACCCACUACGACCUGCUAAACCUCAAUGGGACCAAGGUGGCAGAGGGCCACAAGGCCAGCUUCUGCUUGGAGGACACGGAAUGUGAAGGAGACAUCCAGAAAAGUUAUGAGUGUGCCAACUUUGGCGAGCAGGGCAUCACCAUGGGCUGCUGGGACAUGUACCGCCACGACAUUGACUGCCAGUGGGUUGACAUCACAGACGUGCCUCCUGGAGACUACCUGUUCCAGGUUGUCAUUAACCCCAACUACGAGGUAGCAGAGUCUGAUUACACCAACAACAUCAUGAAGUGCAGGACCCGCUACGACGGCCACCGCAUCUGGAUGUACAACUGCCACAUAGGUGGUUCCUUCAGCGAAGAGACAGAAAAAAAGUUUGAACACUUCAGUGGACUCAUAAAUAACCAGCUCACCUCGCGGUAAAGGAGCCAUGUGGUCGCUCCCUGGCUUCAGGCCGCAGGGCGUCUUCCCCAACAACUGCAGCCUGCCCUGCUCCCUUCACCCAGCCCGUCUCGACCCCCUGCAGCCACAGCCAAGCUCAGGAGGACAACGAGGAAGGCGUGUUCCUGACGCAGCCUGGGAAGGCCUCUGGGGGUGGGGCUUGUCCGCGGGGCUGUGGGAGCAGCGCCAACCAAGAGCCAUCUUUCCAGGGCCGCAGGUGCACAGGCUGUCACCAACCUGUCCCAUCCCAAACACAGUCCACUCCCAGUCUGACACCAUGCGCUCAGCUCACCCCAGGUAACAUGGGGUCAUUUUCUUCUCAAGUUACACGUUGGCAACCUGAGUUAGCAAACCAAGGAGGUCAGGCUGAACCCAGUUUCUCCACCUCUUAGGUCAUUUCCAGCCAACUUGAAUACCUAGACUUCUCUUCCAACUAAACCAACUGCCUCUACUCUGUUCUAUUCUAUCGACACAUAUAAAUAAUGCUGCCACACGUCUUCUGAUUCGGUGAGCUCAGAGUUGGUGCUUCUCUUUCCCUCAGCCCCCCACACCCCUGCAUCCUCUCGUUUUUCAAGAUACUAUUAUUACCUUUUCACAGACUUUGAAACACCAGGUAACUUAGUGGCAUUUAAUAUUGGGCAUCUGGGCCUUUGAAAGCAUAGCUCAAAAGAAAACCCAACCCACCUGUGUAAGUGACUCAUCUUUCUGUCCUUCCAGUGCUGUGGGUAAUUGAUUCAGCGGUGCUAUAACCAGGGUCCUGGGUGAUGAGGACACUCACCCAUCGCCAUGUGUCAUCACAGACACUUUACAUACUUGAAACUUGGAAUAAAAGAUUUACAACCUG